UUUCAAAGUCUAGGCGGGUGCAGUUGUUCGCCAGUGUUAACGGUUGUUGUCGAUAUGGAAUAUUGUUUAUUUUGAUCUGAUUAGCGGUCACUUCGAAGUUUUCUUUUUUUGUUUGUUUGUUUGUUUGGCGAAGUGCUGCAUCAAUAAAAACAAGUGAGCUGAGGGAGCAGGAUGGAUCCGACGACGAGUUUGAAGUCCUUGCUUCUGGCCAUCAAUCAAUUCAAGAACAACAAGUCUGCCCCCAACGCUACACAGCUACAGAGACAAAUAGACGAUGUCUCGGGGCUGAAGUGCCCGCGGCUGUUUGCCUCCACCCAGGUGCUGCCCAGCGAGUGCCUGAGUGGUCUGGUGGAGCUGGCGGGAGACCCCAACACCAGCACGGCCCUGGCAGGGAAAAUCGUGGCCUUCCUGUCUCAGCUAGCUUCAGAUGAUGAGGCUAGAGAAGCUCUGCACAGCAGCUACAAUCUCGCCAGCACCCUGGCAUCGGUUCUUCACUGCAACAGUGCUUCCCCUAGAGAGCCCAUCGUGCUGCAGUGCAUACACAUCUUGCAGAGGAUCACGUACGGCGUGAAAAUGUUCCACUCUACUGCGUACAUGGAUGAGCUCAUAGGGUUUUUAAUGCACCACAUCCAGUGCCCCAACGAUGACUUGACCAUGCCGUGUCUCGGUCUCAUGGCGAACCUCUGCCGCUACAACCUGAGUAUUCAGGCUCACAUCAAGUCGGCGAGUAACUUGAAAGCUUUCUAUCGGACACUCAUAAGCUUUUUGGCUCACAACAGCUUGACUGUUGUUGUGUUUGCGCUGUCCAUACUGACAAGCUUGACCCUAAAUGAGGAGGUUGGUGAGAAGCUCUUCCAUGCCAAGAAUAUUCACCAGACCUUUCAGUUAAUUUUUAACAUUAUUGUAAAUGGUGAUGGAACUCUCACAAGGAAGUACGCAGUGGAUCUGCUGGUUGACCUCCUGCGAAAUCCCAAGAUUGCAGGUUACCUGUCCAGAUACGAGCACUUUGUGCUGUGUCUCACCCAAGUAUUGGGCCUGUUGCACGGCAAGGAUCCGGACUCCACAGCCAAGGUCCUGGAGUUGCUGGUUUCCCUGUGCUCCGUGUCCAGCCUGCGCAGGAUCCUGUGCCAGACGGUGUUCCGGCCCUCCGGAGCGCAGUCUAAGUGCAGCUUGAGGAAGGACAGCCACAGCCGAGCCCCCGAGCCAGCGGUCGCUCUGGUCCACUGGGCCAGCCUGCCGCUUGAGGGACCAGAGAGUUGCUCCCUGCAGGCCCUGCAGCUACUCUCAGAGCUUUUUGAGGAAGUGAUUGACUCAGGCCUUUCCAGCACAGUCCAGCCUUUUGUAGAUCUCUUGCUGCCUGUGCUGCUCAGUCUGCUGCAGACCCCUGAGCAGUUGCUCUCUGAACAGUUGGCCAAAAGAAACUGUGCCCGGACUGCCAGGGCCGUUGACGUGUUGCUUGUCCUGUGUGGAGAGGAGUCACUGAAGCUCUUUGUUUCUCAGAGGCUAACAGAAAACGUGUGUGUGUCUCAGAUAGAGUACCUCUUCUCCAGCAGCAGGAUAGAUACUGGCUUUGACUGUCCUGUGGCAGAGUCUGAUCUCAGCCGGGCUGGAGCUGAAGUUGUGCUCAAGGUGCUGGACCUGAUGAGCCGGGUCAGACAGCUGGUGCGGGACAUGGAGACCAGUUUCUUCAGAAUCCUGCAGGACCAGCGUCUCAUUACGCCACUAUCCUUGGCCCUGACCUCCGAUCACAGGGAGCAGGUGCAGACUGCGCUCAAGAUCCUGUUUGAGGCAGCCCCUCUGCCAGACUUCCCUGUGAUAGUGCUUGGUGAAAGUAUAGCUGCGAACAAUGCAUACCGUCAGAGGGAGGCAGAGUACUCCAAGAGAAGGAACCUGGCGCAGGACCAGCACCCCCUGCUGGCGAAGCCCUGUUCUUCACCAAGCAGCAGCCCAUCUCAGCAGAGCAUUCAGAACCUCAUUGAGAAACUGCAGACUGGGAUGGAGUUUAGAGAGCAAAUCAAAGAUGUAAGGAUUUCAGACAUAAUGGAUGUUUACGAACAGAAGAUUUCUGCCCUCGCGUCAAAGGAGAGCCGUCUGCAGGAUCUGCUGGAGGCGAAAGCGCUGGCCCUGGCCCAGGCGGAUCGCCUGAUCGCGCAGUACCGCUGCCAGCGCGCGCAGGCCGAGGCCGAGGCUCGGAAGCUGGCGUCGCUGCUGAAGGAGGCAGAGCGCAGGAAGGAGGAGCUGGAGGCGGUGCUGGGCAGCCAGACGCAGGAGGCCCGGCGGGCUGAGGCCGACAUCCAGCAGCUGCUGCAGCACAACGCCAAGCUGCAGGCCGUGGCUGAGGAGCACCAGGCCCUGAGGGGCUCCUACAGCGACGUGGUGCAGAGGUUUAACGAGUGUGAUAAGAUGCUGAAAGAUCUGCAAGCCGCUCAUAAUUCACUAAACAAACAAUUUGAGGCGCUGAAGAAGCAGAAUGAGAAUCUGAGGCAGCAGCAGGACAAAGUACUGGCAGAGCUUGCAGAAAAAGGAGAUGAGCUCAAAGAGCUCAGUAGCAAUGUUGAAGAAAAAGAAAAGAAAAUAUCUGGUCUGCUGCAAACCAUACAAGCUCUAGAAGAAAAAGCAAAACAGAGGGAGAAGGAAAAAGAGGACAUGGAGGAAACGAUUGAAAUCCUGAGGAAAGAGUUGCAUAAAACAGAGCUGGCAAGGAAGGAGCUCAGCAUCAAGGCAUCUUCCCUGGAACUUCAGAAGUCUCAGCUGGAGAUACGCCUGCAGAAGAAGGAGGAGGAGCUGAACAAGCACUCUCACAUGAUUGCAAUGAUCCACAGCCUGAGCAGCGGCAAGCUCAAGGCCGACUCAGUCAGCCUCAGCCUGUAGGGCCCCGUGAGAGAGCGCUGUCUGGACCCUCACGCACUGUUACACUGGCGCUGAGAGCAGCUGCUUCAGUGGCCCCCAGCCUGGCUUCUUCUCGUGUCCUGGAACACUGCCUUUCUAGCUAAGACAGUAUACUGGAACAAAGAAGCAACAUUUUCAACUGUUUUUUUCCAUGAACAGCAGGAUUUUUAAUAAAAAUCAAGAUAUAAAACAUA